UUCGGAACAUUCGGGUCAGUCGAGUUGUUCCGAAGACGGAGAGGAUAUUACGUCACAAGAUUUCCGCAACGCGUCGGUUUUUCCCUGGGAAGAUGGCGACGGUCACAACAGCCACCUCAGAAUGGAUCCAGUUCUUCAAAGAUGCUGGGAUCCCUCCUGGACUGGCUGUCAACUACACAGUGUCGUUUGUUGAUAACAGGAUUCAGAAAAGCAUGCUCAUGGACCUCAGUAAGGAAAUAAUGAUGGACUUGGGAAUUACAGUCAUCGGAGACAUCAUAGCCAUUCUCAAACAUGCAAAGCAUGUGUAUAGACAGGAUAUGUGUAAAACGACAACCGAGGCCAUUUCAUCUGGACAGACUAGUGUACAGGCUGAACUGAGACGUACUGCUAACACUCCGCCCAGCAAGCCAGCAGAAGAAAAUGGGUUGCAAGUGAAACGCCGGAAAGUCACAAGAGAAAUGGAGGGGAAAUAUAUCAUAAACAUGCCAAAAGGCACAACAGCUCGCACUCGGCGCAUCCUGGCACAGCAGGCAAAGAAAGCUAAGGUUUUAAAGCGUACUUCAGUGUUUGAUAGACUUGGGGCAGAGUCAAAGGGAGACACCACCUCAGCCGAUAAGCAGCCAACAGGUGUGUUUAGCCGACUGGGUGAAGCAGAGGAAGAUGAAGAGGGUGGAGGAAAGACAGAUGGUGUUGCAGACGCUUUCGAGGACAAUGACAGCGACGGUGAGGGCUCGGUGCUGCAAUAUGCCGGCGUCCUCAAACGACCCCCACCCACUUCUAAUAAAGAGACUGUAACUGCCAAAUCUAAACCCCUCACUCUGCGUCGACUAGGCGCAAAGUACAAACUCCCCUUAUCUGAAGGCACACCACCAAUCUCCUCCAGCCAGAAGGGGACACCCAAACUGGGUGUACUGCAGAGACUGGGCAAGGCCCCGUCAGUCCACCCUACCUCUUCGACCCCUCUAGUCAGUCAGCCCGCAGACACCCAGGACAGUCGCGUUACGAGUAGCAGAAGCAAAGCCCAGGGCAGCUUUGCUCUGGCCAGCCCUAAGGUCAGUAGUAGCACAGGUGACACUCACGGUGCUCAGAUGGACGCUGGGGCAGUCAGUGUAUUCAAGAGACUGGGCGCCCGGAAAACCUAAUACCCAAAAAACUGAAAGGCACCCCUUUUUUAUCCAGUUUGCCCCUUUUAUAACUUAAAACCCACCUGAAUUUCCAUUUGAGUGGAGAAACUCUAGGACCACACUUGAUGGAUUGGGAAGUCGAAAUGCUGUAUUUCAUGGAGUGUUAUGAAUUGAUGAUACUAGGGGAAAAAAGGGACAGCUGCAAUAUCUGUUAAAUGUAAGUGUGGACAUACCUGUUGUCCUUAUGUUUGGUUAUAGGAAUCAUGCUCUAUCCCCCUAUCCUACUUUUAUAGCUGCUCUCCUGUGCCCCUGUGAGUGAACAUUUUUUCCAGAUUAAAGGGGGUUUGUAAUAAAGAUUUUAUAAUGCAUGGAGCCCAGCAUCAAAUGCUCGAAAUGUCAAGGUUUUUUUUUUCCCACUACGAUAGCCAAAAAACUUAGGUAAAAGCAUGUGCUAUGUUUACCACAAACACCGCAGCUUACCGAUUCCUCCAUGAAGUAAUCUCAUGUUCUUACCUCCUAGUUUUUAAAGGGAUAGUUCACAAAAAAAUUUAAAUUGUCAUCAUAUACUCACCUUCAUGUCAUUCCGAAAAUGUAUGAUUUUCUUUCUUCUGUGGAAUUGUUUUUUGAUAAAUGGAUGUCAAUGGGCACCAGAAUGAUUUGGUUUUCAAAAUUCUUCAAAAUAUAAUUUGUGUUCUGCAGAAGAAAAUAAUCAUACAGUUUUGGACAAGGGGAGGAGUAAAUGGUGACUCCCUUUAUUUUUUGCGUGAACUAUUCCUUUCACGUCACAGGAUUUUUAUAAUAAAGAAAAAGCCUUACGUUGGCUUAAAACUGCACACAUGAGCAUUUCCAUUAAUGCGCCUUAACCUGCGGUCACACUAGACUUUUAGAAAAAAAACAAAUAUAUAUAUAUACAGUAUAUAACAAGUAAUACAUCCAAAAUGAGAAAACCUACAGUCUACUCCCUUUUCCUGCAACUCUGCAAACCUGCAGCUUUACAGUUUUUUUUUUUUUUUUUUUUUUUAUUCAGCUGAGAGGUCACAACAUGAUGUGUUUUUCUUUUAUUGGUGACUAUAGGAAUUCGCAGUUCACCAAAGUAUUAGACCUUGAAACGCCCAAAAAUGCAAAUAUGUUUCGUGUGAGCUUGCGUUUCCGGUCUCCCGUGCUCACAUGCAUACAAAUGAAAUUGAAAAGUGUUGUGUGACCGCCCCUUUGUGACCACAACUGUAACCUUGCUCAAAGACACAAAAUCGUAAUCCCGAUCUGUGUUAGAGUCUCUGCUCUCAAAUUUCCGCAUUUAAAAUGCCAUACAAUGGAAAUUUGUGUUGUUAAGCGUUACUUGGACAAGCAGAGCAAAUAUAGCAUUGGUGAUAGCAUGCUGUUGCCAAGCAACACACGUGGAGGUGGACCCUUGUGUAUUGUAUAAGUUUUCACCCCUUUGUACUGUUCACUGCAGUAACCACUAAUCAUGCCGUUGUAAUAGGAAUUCACCUACGCUUUGUGUUUUGUCAUGUUUCCUCUGUUUUUUUUAUAAAUAUUAUAAUUUUAAGCAUCUCAAAUGCAGAAUUUCGUUACAUUGUUAUGUUUAAGGAAUAUUAAGAGAGAUAAAACAUUUUAAGUGGGUAAGUUUAUAAAAUAUUGAUGAAGAUUAUUUGUCUUGGGAAUGGAUUGAAUAUA